AGUUCUAUUUCAGGGAAAAAAACAUGAAAAUUCUAUUUUGAUACUUUUCUCUAUUUUUAGUCCCAUUUAGGGGAUUUCUAAAUUUCAAACUGCCAUGACCCGUAUCUACUCCUAACUAAAUGGUUGCGAGGGAUGCCAUUUUGAAAUUUAGGCCUGGAAUACAAGUGACAGCUUACCAUGCAAAUGUUUUAGACACUGAGUUCAAUGUGGAUUUCUUUAAGCAAUUCAAUGUUGUUCUGAAUGGACUUGACAAUCUAGUUGGUCGGCGACAUGUGAACCGGCUUUGCUUGGCUGCCGGUGUCCCAUUGGUUGACAGUGGGACAACUGGUUUCUUGGGACAGGUAACUGUCCACGUGAAGGGAAAAACAGAAUGUUAUGAAUGCCAACCAAAACCAGCUCCUAAGGUUUACCCCGUGUGCACGAUUACAAACACUCCAUCCAAGUUUGUUCACUGCAUCGUAUGGGCAAAAGAGAUGCUUUUUGCAAAGCUUUUCGGGGACAUCAAUCAAGAAAACGAUCUGAAUGUGCACUCUAUUGAUGAUUCUAGUUCUUCGGCGAACACACAUAGUGUUUUUGAAUGUAGGCCAAAUGAAGACAUUGAGCACUACGGGAGGAGAAUAUAUGACCAUGUUUUUGGCUACAACAUUGAGGUGGCAUUAUCCAAUGAGGACAUGUGGAAGAACCGUAACAAACCAAGGCCUACAUACAUUAGAGACAUAUUGCCAUUUGAAGAGAUUCAACAGGGUAAAAAUGGAGAUAAAGUUUCAAAAGAUGAUCAACCCUCAUCAGUGUCUGCAAUGGCAUCUCUAGGUCUUAAGAAUCCUCAGGAAGUGUGGAGCUUGAAGGAAAACACAAAAUUAUUUUUGGAGUCUCUAAAGCUCUUUCUUUUGAAAAGGCCAAAGGAUAUUGGGAACUUGAUUUUCGACAAAGAUGAUCAGUUAGCAUUGGAAUUUGUAAGCACAGCUGCUAAUAUUCGGGCAUCUUCAUUUGGUAUUCCAUUGCAUAGCCUUUUUGAAGCAAAAGGAAUUGCAGGAAAUAUUGUGCAUGCUGUUGCUACAACAAAUGCUAUAAUUGCUGGUUUGGUGGUGAUUGAGGCAACUAAGGUGUUGCAAAAUGAAAUGAAAAGCUGCAGGAUGACCUAUUGUCUCGAGCAUCCUUCCAGAAAGCUUCUCCUUAUGCCAUUUGAGCCAUCUGAGCCAAGCAAAUCCUGCUAUGUCUGUUCUGGGGCUCGUAUGACGCUUGAGGUCAAUACUAAGGGAUCAAGAUUAAAGGAUUUUCUUGAUAAGAUUGUAAAAGCAAAGCUUGGCAUGCAUUUUCCACUGAUUAUGCAUGGGGCAGCACUUCUCUAUGAGGAGGGUGAUGAUCUUGAGGAUGACAUGGUAGCAAAUUACAUUGAAAACCUUGACAAGGUACUAUGUGAGCUUCCAUCUCCCAUAACCGGGGGAACCAUUAUCACCGUUGAGGAUUUUUUGCAGGAGCUCACUUGUAUGAUCAAUAUUAAGCAGAGGGAAGAAUUUGACGGCGAGGAAGAACCUGAUGGAAUGGUUCUCUAUGGAUGGACUCCAGAAAGUGCAAACAAGGAAGUGCGUGGCAAUGAUGCAAGCCCAUCUAAAGUUUCUCAAACCGCUACUCAAGAUAUGGAUGAAGAUGAUAGCUUGGCACAUAGAUGAUAACUUGGCACUUCCCCCAUUGGACAUUUUUGAGCUCCCUUCCAGAAGUGAAUGAAAGUUGUCCGACAGUACUUUCCCUGCUGGUUCAGAUUCAUCGUGUACCGCGAAUGAGAAAAAUGCUAAGAGAAAGAUGGUCGGACAUGAUAACUUCAAAUUGUUAGAUGAUGAAUAUACUAACUGUUUCCAA